AUGAGUGCCCCACCAGAUGGAACUCCAGCUCCCCCGCAUCCUGGUGAUGCACCACAGGGAGCGGCCCAGCAAGUGCCGCAAGGUACUUUGGAUCAGAAUGUUGUGUUGGCAAGGCUCUCUGAGGCCUUAGCUCAGCUAGCUGUUGCUAGCACGGCUCAAGCUUCAGCAGCUUCGGGUGGUCAGCAAGAAUGGCGCGAAACCAAGUAUGUGAAAUCACCGGAAGUGUUCAAUCCAAAGUCUGUUGAAGAGGAGAUUGCAGCAUGGCCCGAAUGGGCCUUUGCCUUCAAGAAUUUCAUGGCAGUCCAGGAUGACGGUUACCGGUCUGAUUUUGCCAAAGCGGAGAGUGCCACAGAAUUUCUAGCUUUCGAAGAUUACGGCCCAGCACUCAAAGCACCAUCGCUCAGAUUGUAUUCGAUUUUGGCAUCAUACCUCAAAGGGCGAGCUUUAAAGAUCCUUCGCGCAGAUCCGAAAGGUGAUGGUUUUCGAGUUUGGCGUCAGCUUAAAGAAGAGUUACAGCCCACUUCGCGACCUCGUGUGCUAGCUCUUGCCCAAGCUCUCACUAGGUUUCCUCCUUUGAAGGAGGGGGCCUCUGUCCUUGAGUAUACGUUGGCUUAUGAACGGCUCAUCACCGAGUACGAGAAACUAUCUCCUUCUACUUACCCAGAAGACCUCAAGAUCUCCACUCUUAUGUCAGGGUUGCCGCAGGACAUCAAGAGGUAUUUACAGCUACAGAUCGACGAUACCACUACGUACCAUGGUCUUCGUAGCACUCUUCUUCAAGUUGAACGUACGGCGGCUACAUGGUCUACGGAGCACGUCCUCAAAGCCAUAGGUGUGGAUAAAGAUUCCUCGCUGUAUCAAGGAAAUGGGCCAGCGCCCAUGGACGUGGAUCACGUCGCCGAGAAGGGCGAGAAGGGCAAGGGAGCUUGGAAGGGCAAGAGCGCUAAGGGUGGGUUCGGAAAGGGCAAAGGCAAGAAGGGCAAGUCUGCAAAGGGCUAUGGUGGUCACAAAAGUUUUGAUGCUUCCAAGGGGUACAAGGGCUACGGCUAUGCCAAGGGCAAGGCUUUUGGCGCAAAGGGAAAGGACAAAGGCAAGAAGUCGAGCGGGAAGAGCUACAGUGGAGCAGGUGGUAAAGGUAAAGGUCCUUGCUUUAUUUGUGAUCGCAUGGGCCAUCGAGCUGCAGAGUGUCCUUUGCGAGCGCGUGUUCAACAAGUAGCUGCAGAAGAUGACAACAUGUCGGUGAGUACCCGUGCGACCUCUGUUCGUCGUCUGGAGCUCAUCAACAACGUGGUGCUCGAGGAGAUCUUCGAUGAAGAUGAGGCCGGUGAGGUUGGCGAGCAACUCUGGGAGAGCCAUGUUCAUGAUCUGUCGUGGGAUGUUGAAGAAGUUUGGCAUGAUGAAGAAUUUUGGGGUGAAGACUGGCAUGAAGCAGAGGGUUUGAGUGAUUACGUCCGGAUGGUUGCUGAGAUUGUGGAGCCUGCAGAACAUGACAUGCUAGAUGACAGUCAGUCGGAGUGCGGUAGCAGUUGCUCGUUGCCUUCUACUUCCACUCUGCAUUUCUCGCUGUGCUCGGAAGAUGAUUGUGAUGCAGAGUGUGACGCAGAGAGUGGGAGUGAGAGUUCGUGGACGGUGUUGCAGCAAGCGCGUGAAGCCGAAGAAGCCGAGCUAUGUGUUCGGGCGAUAGCAGAGGGCCAUGAAGUGAUCCUCGACUCAGGUGCUGAUGUGACGGUGUUGCCGAUGCACAUCUUCGGCGAAGUUGGCUGCGAGGGCAAGGCGAACGUCGCCUUGGUGGAUGCACAAGGCUCGCGCAUCCCACUUUUAAGUUGA